AUGCUUUCUAGAACUUUGGCCCUAAAGAAGGGUUUGCAAUUCGCAGGUCAAAGAAGAUGUUUAUCGAUCCAUGAAUUUAGAUCUGCAGAACUACUUAGAAAAUACGACAUUGGCACUCCAGCCGGUGACGCUGCGUUCGACCCAAAGCAGGCAUUCGACGUGGCUAAAAAGCUCGGUAACAACGCCAUGGUGGUGAAAGCCCAGGCUCUAACCGGUGGACGUGGUAAAGGACACUUCGACACCGGCCUCAAGAGCGGCAUCCACAUGAUAGAGACCCCAGAACAAGCCCAAGAUAUUGCUAAGCAGAUGCUCAAAAACCGUUUGAUUACCAAGCAGUCUGGCGCCAAGGGUAAGCCUGUUAGCGCCGUGUACGUUGUGAAGCGCGUAGACGCGAAGCACGAGGCUUACCUGUCAAUCUUACUAGACAGAGGGUCCAAGAAGGCGAUGAUCAUUUGCUCGAGCCAAGGUGGUAUGAAUAUCGAAGAGGUUGCCGAAAAGACUCCCGAUGCUAUCAAGAAGUUCACGGUUGACAUUGCUGAGGGUUUGACCCCAAAGAUUGCCCAACAAAUUUCCAAGAGUUUGGGAUUUUCUGCUGAAGCCGAGGCCGACGCCGCAGAUGCCGUAACCAAGCUAUUCAAGAUUUUCAAGGACAAGGACGCGUCUCAGAUCGAGAUCAACCCAUUGAGUGAAGUCAUUGGCCAAGAUACCAAGGUUAUGUGCAUGGACGCUAAGUUUGGGUUCGACGAUAACGCUUCUUUCAGACAAGAAGAGAUCUACUCGUGGAGAGAUCUUUCGCAAGAAGACCCAGAUGAGGUUGUAGCCAAGAAGUCUGACCUAAACUUUGUCAAGUUGCAAGGUAAUAUUGGAUGUUUGGUGAACGGUGCUGGUUUGGCCAUGGCCACUAUGGAUGUCAUUAAGUUGUACGGUGGUGACCCAGCCAACUUCUUGGACUGUGGUGGUGGUGCCACUCCCGAGACAAUCGAGACCGCUUUCAAAUUGAUCUUGUCAAACGACAACGUCGACGCUAUUUUCGUCAACAUUUUUGGUGGAAUUGUGAGAUGUGACUACGUUGCGCAAGGGCUGGUUGCUGCUACCAAGAACUUGGCGGUUAGAGUUCCAAUUGUCGCUCGUUUGCAAGGUACAAACUUGGAGGAAGGUCGUCGCAUAAUCCAGGAAUCUGGUUUGAAGAUCUACUCUUUUGAUGAACUGGAUCCAGCUGCUGAAAAGGUUGUGCAAUUGACGCAGAAAUAA